CUUUUGCCAUUACGUUAUGCUUACUCCACACACACAGGCAGCUGGAGAGAGGGAAGACGUAAUGGUUUGAUUCCCUGUGCACUUGCAAUGGUCGUCGUUCUGACAUUACUCGGCAAUUUCCUCAAACGGGAGGUGCAAUGAAGGCGGGGGCGUCGUCCAUGUGGGCAUCAUGCUGUGGGUUGCUGAACGAGGUGAUGGGCACGGGCACGGUGCGGGCGCAGCAGCCGGGGUUCGGAGCAGGGGCGGGGCCCUUCCGCUUCGCCCCCAGCGCUGGGUACUCCACCUACCCCCCCACCAGCUCAGGGAGCGCCGGUCAGCUGUGCAAGGCCUGCGGACUGGCCUUCUCUGUCUUCAGACGCAAGCACAUCUGCUGUGAUUGUAAGAAGAGUUUCUGCGCCCUUUGCUCGGUACUCCAGGAGAACCUGCGCUGCUGCACAACUUGCCACCUGCUGCGCGGCACGGCCUUCCAGAGGCCUCAGCUCAUGCAGCUCCGAGUGAAAGACCUGCGCCAGUAUCUGCUGCUGCGCAACAUCCCCACCGACACAUGCAGGGAGAAAGAGGACCUGGUGGACCUGGUUCUCUGUCAUCAGGGGACGAGGGAGACUCAGAGACCAGUGGUGGAGGAGGAUGAGGAGGAAGAGGAAGAAGAAGAGGAUACGCAUGAGGAGGAGGAGGAAGAUGAAGGGGGAGAUGAUACAGACAGUCUCCACUCGCUUCCACACUCGCACGCCGCCUCGCCCCCCUCUGCCACGCGCUCCACCUCUGAACAGUCGGUCCUCUCCGCCUCUCAGGGAGACGUCCUCAGCCCAAGUGACAGCUCAGGGACCACCAGCCAGGAGCAUGAGGAUACUCCAACAGCGUCCCUCUUGAACCUGGCGCCCGCUGAAAAUAUCAUAGACGUCAGUCCGGCGACACAGAGGAGGAUCAGGGCCUCGCUGUCUGAUCUGGACAAUGAAGAGGCGAUAGAGAACCUCUCCGUCCGACAGCUGAAAGAGAUUCUCGCCAAGAACUUUGUCAAUUACUCUGGCUGCUGCGAGAAGUGGGAGCUGCUGGAGCGAGUGCAUCGACUCUACAGAGAGAACGAGCAGAACAGGAAAUCCAUGGAAAAUGUGAGCAUAACUGCAGAUGGUGUAAAAGCUCAGUUGGCUGCUGAUGAAAACCUGUGUCGCAUCUGCAUGGACGCCAUCAUCGACUGCGUGCUGCUGGAGUGUGGGCACAUGGUAACCUGCACCAAAUGUGGGAAGAGGAUGAGCGAAUGCCCCAUCUGCAGGCAGUACGUAGUGCGGGCCGUGCACGUCUUCAAGUCUUAAAACUCAGUGUGCGUGCACCUGGCCCGAGCCCUGAAUUUAUCACUGAGGAUGAACUGCGGUGCAUGACGUCUCAGAGGGUCUAACGCUGCAGCGGGCGUGAGCAACUUCCCGGUCUUUAAAACCAGACUGUUGUCUCUGGCCUACCACGGUUUGUCCCCCUCCCACUCUAACUAACUCAUGUUCCAGUCCCUCCUCCCCCUGGUGGACCGUCAUCAGCUGCACCGGGACACUCACUCGUUCUCUCUUUGGUCUGUUACACACACAGCAGAACCCCCUGCCGUCACUUCCUACUCUCCAUUCUCUGUUGUGUUUCAGUUUAGAGGUCAGAUUUUACUUGCGGGAGACGAGCGGAGGUGGUCCCACGGAUACUUGAAGUGGAUCGGGUUGAUAUGUGAGAUGAAGAGAAGCAGUUUGGUGAAAAUUAUAAGAUCCCAGGGUUAGAGUCGAUAUGGUUUACACAGUCAUGCCACAUGACACCGUGUGAUCUCCCUCAGUGUUCUUUAGGAUGUGCAAUAUCAGAAAAAAAGAGACUUACAUGUGUUUUUAGAAACUGUCUAAUAUUCAUUAAUCCGAACACCGCACGCACUGAGUCAUCUCGUCUCACGCAGGAGGGUGUAAGGUGCCAAACGUCAUGCCUUCAGUCAAUAUUUGGUUAAGAUUUCACAGUAUAUGCAUCUCAUAACCAGCAAGCUUGGUGUGAUAGUUAACUCUAUUUUUCUCAAAUGAACAUUAGGAAAUAAAGUGUGUACGUGUACGCCUUUUUAACACUUAA